GUGUAACCUCAACGCCUCCUCAUCUGAGGUUGGAUAAUUAAUUAACUGAAGAAGUACGUACAGGGCUAGGGCUGGAGCACAGCUAAAGUCCCAAAGAGUCAGUGGUGCAGUACGUGCUGCAGUCCAGAGGCGUACAAUGGAUCUGAGCCGAAGUCACAACAAGCUGUUACACUACCUCCUGUUCAUGUGCAAGCAGUUGCUACGGAAUCGAUUAGCCACCUGUCUCACCGUACUACUCAUCAUCACUGCCGCACUGUUACUGAACGUCUCCGUGAUCAAACAAACGACCUCUGACCCCAAGACCACCCCCACCCAAACACACACCACUGACGAUAAACCUCCUGUUUUCUGGAUCUACCACAAAACAGAGCAACCCUUGAGUCAUGUGAUAAGUGUAUUUCGUCGACUAGGUUACGUACAGGGCGGCCAACGAGACAGUUGGGAUGUACUGUGGUCUUACGAAUACCCGUACCGUUCUCUACCGACAAGUUUCUGGGCAGGGCUUAAACCACAUCAAAGGGUGAAUCAUUUCCCCGGCUCUGGUUGUUUUGCGUUCAAGCCUCAAUUAGCUACAAUGAAAUUCGAGUUCAUCCCUAAAGCAUUUCAGCUCCCCAAACAAGCCGAGGAGUUUGUUACCGAGGCAACGGCUCAUCCGGAACAGCUGUGGAUAAAAAAAGACAACAACCACCGAAGAAUAAAAAUAGUCACUGAUAUUAAGAGUGUUAAUGUACAUGGAGAAGGAUCUUUUAUUCAGCAGUUCAUUGGAAAUCCUUUACUUAUCGAUGGAAGGAAGUUUGAUAUUGGUGUGUACACAGUCAUUACCUCGGUGGAUCCCCUCAGGGUGUACACGUACAGUGGAGAGGUGUUAGUGCGAUUCUGUUCAGAAGAUUACGAACCUUUUGAUGUGCACAAAGUUAAGAAGUACGUGGUGGAUGACGAGUACACACGACCCUCAGAGGUCAAAUCGAUAGCUUCCUUGCUUACCAAACAGUCGCUCAGUAACAAAGAAGCUCUCAACGUUGUCCUGAAGAAAAAAGGGCAUCCAUCUAAUGACUUGUGGGAGCAGGUGGAUCGUGCUAUUCAGGAGGUGCUACUGAGAUGUGAGCCUAACAUUAUCAGUAAGCUGUCCAUGCCGACCAGGCAUUUUUUUGAGCUGGUAAGAUUCGAUUUUGUGAUUGAUGACAAAUUCAAAGUAUGGCUAAUGGAGGUUAACAUGUCUCCAAACCUCUCCUCUGAUCAUUUCUCUGAGAACAGGCUGAUGUAUGAGCAGGUGGUGUACAACACUCUCUCGCUGACUGGCCUUGCUCGACCACUCACCUCGGGCAUACGCUACAAUGGAGAGUACGAGAGUGUCAUGUUGGUUAGUGAGGCUGAUGUCCAGGUACCUCUGGAAGUGUGUCUGGACACAACCUGUGCUCAGUGCACAGAGAAAAAGGAGUGUGCGCUGUGCCACCACUGUAGGAGUCAAGACGUCUCGUUCAGCCUCAAAAUGGCUUUCCUAGAGCAUGUCAACAGACGAGGCUUCACACGAGUAUACCCACCUCCUGUACACAGCGGCUCAGUAACGGAGGACCUAUCACAUGCUAAUCACAUGAUGAGCUUGUGGUACGAAGAAAAAUGUCGAACUGAACAUUCAUGGUGUUUUUAAUUACAUUCGAACUAUUUUAGUCAUUCAACAAAUUAAAUUUAUUUUUAACAAGAUAAUGGGAGUAAAUAAUUAUAA